UCAGUUGUUCGAGCCUCACGUCAUGGAAAGAGUUACUUUGUUGCGGCGCUGAGGAAUAAACCCAGAAAAACAUCCCCGCGUGCGGAUCGUCUGUGGGACCUGGUCGCUGCGGAUUUGUGCUCUGGAGUGAUAUGCUCGAGGAUCGCCCGGAGAUGCGCAGGAACCUGUUUACAAGGAAAACACAGCGAGUUUGAGAGAAUGUGGAGCUCAGGGAUGCCAUUACUCAUCCCUGCGGUUCCCCUCACGCCAGGCCACUUUGUCCUGGAGAUAUUUUCACCGCGGAUCCUUUCCAGGCUCCGCUAACGAGCAGCAAGUGUCCGGGGAAUCGGGGGAACGACGUGACGCCGGUGUCCACUUUGUGAGGAUUAAAACCACCGAGGAGAUUGUUGGCCGAACCACCUUUUGUUUUCUGAACCUGUUGAGUUUCUGAUGCGGGAUGAGGCAGCGAGUCUCCCUGUUGUGAGGGAGUCGAUGUGUUGUCGAGCCUCUGCAGCCUGAAUUUACUGUCGGAUAUUUAAACACAAUAGAUUUAAGGACAAUAGAGCGACAGCCUCGAUGGGCUGAGGAUGCUAGUGGCCACAGUGGGUAUGUUUCAUUCUGCUGUUAGUUUUACAUAACUCUUCACUUCUGCUGUGUUGCUAAAGUUUCACAUCAUUAAAGUUACAUAAAGGUCAUAUUGCCGCUGCACACCUGAUCCAACAGCUGCCAUGUAAUUUGAGACCAGUUUCAAUAUUACAGUGAGCUUGUGUCAGAAGUUUCCAACACAGCAUGCAUCCACACGGGAGCAUCAGUACAAUCUAGGCACUAUGUGCGUGUAGAAUCUUUGUGGUUUGGGACCAACUUGAGUAUCACGAUGUCAGUGAAAGCCAAAGCCAUCUACACCUUCCAAAGUGAAAACAAAGAGGAGAUCAGCAUCCAGGAGAGCGAGGAGCUGGUCAUCUUCGAUGAGAAAUCAGUGGACGGCUGGUUCAAGGGGGAGAACAGCCAAGGGGAGAGGGGGCUCUUCCCUGCGUCUUACGUGGAAAUCAUUCGCACUCGCUCAAACUCCAAUGUGACUGACUGCUCCAUCAGCCCAGCAGGCUCUCUGGGAAAGGACUCCUCCUAUAUCCACUCGAUUCCCAUCACCCCUCCUCAUUUGCAGCAGUCGUUUGAUGACGACGAAGAUGAUGACUGGGACGACUGGGAUGACAGGUCCACAGUGGUGGAGGAUGCAGACUACUCAAGGAGCCCUGGGGCUAAUGGACAUGCCCAUCAAAGCCCACUGUCCAACAACCCUAAUGUACACUACCGGCCCAAACCGCACAUGGAGCGACAGGACAGCAUCUCCAGCUCCAGGAAAGGCAGUAUGGUGGGCAGGAACUUGAAUCGAUUUUCCAGUUUUGUCCGCUCAGGGGUGGAAGCGUUUGUUCUGGGCGAUGUACCCAUGAUGGCAAAGAUAGCUGAGUCAUACACCAUUGACAUGGGCCCUGCUGGACCCCUGUGGAAGGCCAGCCCACAGCCGUUCGCCUGCUCAAUUGAAGACCCCAUAAAACAGACAAAGUUCAAGGGCAUCAAGACCUACAUUUCUUACCGGGUCACGCCGAGCCACACAGGGCGUCCCGUCUACAGACGCUACAAACACUUUGACUGGCUGUACAACCGCUUACUGCACAAGUUCACUGUGAUCUCUGUGCCUCACCUGCCUGAGAAGCAGGCCACGGGGCGAUUUGAGGAAGACUUCAUCGAGAAGCGCAAGAGACGACUGGUUCUGUGGAUGAACCACAUGACCAGCCACCCGGUCCUCUCUCAGUAUGAAGGCUUUGAGCACUUUCUAAUGUGCGCUGACGACAAACAGUGGAAACUGGGAAAGAGGCGGGCGGAGAAGGACGAGUUGGUGGGCGCCCAUUUCAUGCUGACCCUCCAGAUCCCCAACGAGCACCAGGACCUUCAGGAUGUAGAGGAGCGGGUCGACACCUUCAAGUCCUUCGCUAAAAAAAUGGACGACAGUGUGAUGCAGCUCACACAUGUUGCCUCGGAGCUGGUGCGUAAACACCUGGGUGGGUUCAGGAAGGAGUUCCAGCGGCUGGGAAAUGCCUUCCAGUCCGUCAGCCAGGCUUUCAUGCUGGACCCUCCCCACAGCUCAGACGCCCUCAACAACGCCAUCUCCCAUACAGGCCGCACCUACGAGAACAUUGGAGAGUUGUUUGCAGAGCAACCUAAGUAUGACCUCUUCCAAAUGCUGGACAAGCUGUCACUCUACCAAGGCCUGCUUGCCAACUUCCCUGACAUUAUUCAUCUACAGAAAGGUGCCUUUGCCAAGGUGAAAGAGAGCCAGCGGAUGACCGACGAAGGGAAGAUGGACCAGGACGAGGCCGACGGCAUUAGGAAACGCUGCCGGACGGUCGGGUUUGCCCUCCAGGCAGAGAUGAGCCACUUCCAUCAGCAGCGAGAGGUGGACUUCAAGGACAUGAUGCAGGCCUACCUCAGGGAGCAGAUAGCCUUCUACCAGCGUGUUGUCCAGCAACUGGAGCGCACCCUGCGCAUGUACGACUGCCUUUAAAGACACCGAAACUCUGCCCAGCACAAGAUGCCAAAAAACACAGAGAAUAACAAAAGGAAAAUCUCUAUCGAGGCGUUUCGUGUUCUGUUCUGUAUUUGGCCCAAUUUGAAAAGAGAUGACUGAAGCAGUCGUUACUGGACGAAACAAAGACAGCCAGUCACUGCUUCACCUUCAUGGAUUCAAAGUCAUAUUUUUGCAAAGACCUACUGUACUUUUUUGUUCUGAAAUACACAUCACAUAGGCAGUGUACCAGCAUAUUUUUCAUUUUACAUAAGUUAAGUUGUUUGUAACAUUCAGAUAAGAAUAUAGGUUUCAAAUUCAUAGUGGAUCAGUGCUUUAUUGUUCAUAGCGUAACACAUGAAAGCCAUGAAACGGGUUUUAUUUUGAAAUUGUCCCCCAUCUCUCCGACAUCGUGCACUUUGGCUUCUCCAGGGACAGAUUCAAGUUGCUUCGAUUAUUUUAAAACAAAUUUAUAAACAUUCCAAAUGUUUGUUUUUUUCAUUCAGCAUUUUAGUAUUUUAUCAUGUCACUUUAGUGAAGAGAAAAGAGAAGACGGGAAACUAGUAUUUCAGUCCGUUGUACGAUAUAGUGUAGGGGAAUUUAACCAUCGCCCCCUCUGCUUCUUGUUAAGGGCUCAACUUGCUCAGGUGUUCACUGCUUUGUUUCCUUUAUGUUACUCCUGUUAUCUCCCAAUACAGAGGUCAGUGUAAACCUCACAACAUGUUAAUGACUCCGUGUCAAUAAGUUUAAUUGUCUUACUUUUCUUCAUAAAGUAAGUGCCUUGAAAGAUGCAACACAUUCCUAUGGAUUCGUUUUGAAAUGGGAGCGAGUUGUUGGAAUGAUUUGUGUUUAGGCACAAGUUUGCACAUGUUUCUAUGUAAUAGUGGGUCAUUGUGUGUGUGUGCGUGCGUGUGUGUGUGUUAAUGUGUAGGCAUGUGAAUGAAAUGAGUCAACAACUGUGCUGAUCGAUUCCAUUUACUAUGGUGAAAAACAAUUCUUUAUUCUAUGUAGGAGCGGAUUUAUUCAGCCGUCAAGCAUGAAAAAUAGUGUUGACUUGAAUGCUGGACAGAGGCAGAAUAUCAAUUUGGCAUUUCGUUGUUUGUAGUAGAUCAUUUACUUGACAUGCGGUAAAAACAAGUGCUUCUUGUUACCGGAUCCUUGUGUUUUCAUGUAUUGGGUUAAAAUAAAAACAGUUGGUUCAUUGUCUAGAACUUUAAAACCAUGUCUAAGUCAAGAUAAUGUAGCCAUAAUAUCAUAUAAAAUAUGUUACAUUUGUCAUAUUUUUUACAUUUUAUGCAGAGUUAGUGAGAAGAUUGAAACUCCCCACAUGUCUUUUUUUUUUUUUUUACAUAUGAAGUUACAGCCAUAUAGUGUAGUAAGUAUUAUCAUUUUAUUCUGCUCAAACAUAACAACACCAUCCCCUCUGUCGCCGGGUAUACACUGUAUGAUUUAAGCUUUUGAUUUCUGAGACACUUGACUCAUUUUAGAGUUUGAGCAAUUUUUUGCUUUGUCAUGAAUCGUUUGUUUUGCAGUUUACAAGGGCUGCGAGGAGCGAUCAGUGUAGAAAUAUCAGCUGGAAGCGAUUGAACAGAAAGAAAGAAAAAUAUGAUAAGAAGGUUCUUCUUACGAUACAGUAAUCAGAGUGUAGCUAGUUAUCAAUUUACAAUAUCAUUGCAAUAUAUUACAAAACAGCCUCAAACAUAAUUUUUUUUUUCUUUCCGCACAAUAGCCAAGGCAUGCUCACGUCUUCCAAGCCACCAGCUUGUCCAUAUGUCGACAUUUCUUUGACACCCAGAAGAAUCCAUAUUAUCAAGGCAGCUUGUUUCUUUCUUUUUAGCAUUGUUAGCAAACAAACUUGGACUUCUUCUUUGCCAAAAACACUGGUCCAGAGCUGAUCUGGAGGAACUGACGCAACAUGCAACGUGAGCAGUCAGGUCGCGUUGGACAAUCGGACCCUAUGUGAGCAUGUAAAUCGUCAGCUUUAACUUUCCAUCUUUGAUGAUUGACUCGUACGGUGUGAGUUGGAAUUUAACAUUUUGGAAGUGACACCGUUGGCCCCCGAGCUUACAAAUGAACAUGCUAAUCUGAAUAAAAGCCGCUUUAAGUCUGUUUUACAGGCGGUUACGUCUCCACUUUUUCAGGAUGUAGUCUGGCACACAACCCCAACUUUUCAUUGACACAAUCAGGAUUUUGUUCAGACCAAACAAACAAGAUAUAUCGGGAUAAAGUUUGUUACCCUUGCAGAUAACAAUUUUUUAUGGGGUUAUCAGUCUUCUCCUUCAACUUUUUAAUAAAGCAAACUUCUCCCACAAUGACACAUUAAUGAGGAUCAACGCACAAUAUUUUGCUGUUCUGGCCUAAAUCUUGACACAUUUUGUUAUUCCCCACAUCAAAUGAGACGAUGAGGAUUUGACUCCCACUCCUCUGUAAGUCAGUAAAUAAAGUUGUUCCAGUAACAUUACUCAUCCUAUUUAAAGAGGGGGAUAUUUCACGGAAACUUGUGGUGUAGACGAGAGGCUAUCUUUAGCAUCGUCUCAACCUUAGAGGUGUACGUGGAGUUGCAUUAAUAAGCAUGAACUCAAGAAGCUCUUCCUCUUUGUCAGUUGUGAGACACAGAUUAUUCACUUUGAUGGAAGAGGGAUUGAUCUCUUUGGGUGAGGUAGAAGGUGCUGAUUCAGAUUCCGGAUCUCUUAAGUAAACGAGUGACCUGCCCGGCCUGCGUGUGUAUGUGUGUGACUCAGAUAUGAGUGUUCUCUCAGUUACCGAUCUACAUCUGCAGCUGUCAGCACAUCACUGUCUAAAUUUGCUGUUUUUCUACAUUUGUUUGUUUGUCUUUGAACAAACCUCUGCUUCUCAUACGUCAGCUUUUUCACUCAUCGCAGUUUCACCGAGACCAAAGAAGUCAGACUUGUCCUCCACCAAGGUUCCUCUUUUAAACAUCUGUUUAGUGUCGUGAAAUGAACGUGGUUUUUUUGGUAACUGAAUCUGGAAACUGUGAAGAGAACACAGCAAAAAAACAUUCCCCAGCCAGGUUUCACAAUGGCACUGGCCUCUCAUGUUCCAGAGUCACAUGAUAAUUUAGAUGCCAGGCAUUUCAUACAGGUGACUGUUUCUUAACAUGCAUGUGUGACCUGGUGAGCUGCUGGAGCUCUAUGCUUUAGUUUCAGUGUCUGAAAUAACAGGACGGUUAUUUCCACUUAGUAAUUUGUCACAUGAUUUACGGGAAGGGCACCUAGAAAAUAAUAAUAAAAGCAUGUCUUUUUAUCUCUUUGUCAUGUUUGGGGGAUUGAAUGUCUGACAUUUCCACAAUAAAUCAAUAAAACCCAGUGGAUUAAUCAGCAAUGAAAAUACUUAAUGUAUUUACAAUAAUUCAUAUAACACCAAGGAAACCGAAGCACAUGCACUUUAUCAAUAAAUCAAUCAAAAUGGACUUGUACACACAAAUCACAAUUUCCCUCAUAGGCUUAACAAGGUGCAAUAUCCUGUGUCCUUAACCCCCAGCAAGGGUGAGGAAGAACUACCAACAAAAAGAAAGAUACCUCAGAGAGUGAAGUACUUGGAGAGUAGUGUCAAUGUUUAAGUUUUUAUACAAAAAAUGUCUGUCAGAGAUGAAGGGAGCAGUAUUGACUAUUGAAACGAUAGAGGUAUUGCCAUAAUAGAAGAAUAUGUGAGUAGGCAUAUUGGAUAUCUAUGUAAUAAUAAUAUAGUUGUAAUCAUAAUUCAUGAUGCCACCACCAUCCACAUCACAAUGAUGAAUGAUUACUUUCAAUCUAUUAUUUCUCCCCUUUUUUUUGGAUCCAUGCUGAGUACGUCACUAUCGUUAUGACACAGUUUUUCCUGAAUAUAAUCAAAACACGAACAGCCAGGAGCUGUUGUCCACGUCUUUGCUCAUGUAAACACUGAUGCAAUGUAAUUCCUAAAUGAAUAAAACAAAGAAAAGAAAAACGUG